AUGACAACCACGGCGAGCGAGGUCGGUGACAGCUGGCCAAGAGCAGCUUCUCAGUCCCAUCAUGGCCACCACCACCAUCACCACGAGCACCAUCACGACGAGCACCACGAGCACGACCACGAGCACGACUAUGCUCACGACCACCACCACUACGACGACGACCACGCAUCCCACGACGACGACGCAGACCACCACCACCACAGCCACAACGCGCACCGCUCCGACCCAGGCCGAGCAAGCGAGGAAGACAUUGCAGAGCACUUUUUGGGCGGCCUUCGAACGCGCGACUCUGCACAGCGCGCUCGUGAGCUCGACCGCAUUGUCGCCUCCAUUCUGCGAUGGGCUGCACAGGCGACUGGCGCGGCGACGCCUUCGUCGCUCAUUGCCUCGUCGCCGUCGCAGACCAACCUCCUCUUGUCGGGCGACUCGGCGGGCGGCAACGUCUUUGUCGUCAACCCUGCCGACGGCAACCUGCUCCUUGCCGACUCGGUCACCACGUCCAACGCCACAUCACCGCACGACUCGACGUGCGCGUCUCCGGACGACUCGCCGUCCGCGGGCAACUCGCCGCCGCUCACUCCGCGUGGAUCCGGCAGCCACAAGAGCGGCGAUUUUGACGCAUCCUUGAGCGCGCACCGACACAGCAGCAGCAGCAGCAGCAGCAGCAGCAGCCACCACGCUCAUCACAGUCACGACCAGCACGGGCGCACCCACGGGCUGACGGGCCCCGAGCGCGCACGCCGAUUGCUCAACAUCCACCUCCCCUCGAUUCUCCGCCUGACCACCGAGUGCCCGUUCGCGGAUGUGCGCGACCGCUUCCAGCGUCUGCUCACGAGUCUGCGGGACAAGGCCAUCUCGCUUCCGUACCGGCGGUACAACGCCCCGUCGCGCUUCAUCCCCACGCCCAAGCUCAUGCCGAUGAACGAGGAGCCUGGCGCGGAAGCCUCGUACCAGGUGAUGGUCGACAGCUUUUUGCACGACUGCCGCGUUUCGCACUUUGUGCGGGCGCUCAGCUACCACCCCACUUACCUUGCGGCCUUCCUUCACACCCACCACUUUAUUCUUCGUGGCGACGGCCCGCUGCCAGCGCACUGGCGCAACUACAUUGCCAUCAUGGCUGCCGCGCGCUGCGGCGUCAAGUACGUCGUGUCCGUGCAGCAGUCCACCUUCCUUGUCAACGGGGGCGACACCACUUGGCUGAAAGGCUUGGAGUUUGCGCCCGUCAAGCUGCAGAACUUGGACGAGCUCAACAUGCUGCUCGCCUACCAGCCAUGGCGCGUCACUGCCGAGCACAUUCGCACGUUGCUUCGGGGCCAGGACAGCUGGUCGUUGGCCGAGCUUGUGCAAGCCAUUGUUGUGCUGACGCACUUCCACUCUGUUUCAGCCAUCGCUGCUGGUGCUGGCCUCACCCCCGAAGUUGAUCUUGAGGGAGGCCAUCUUUUCGCGACCGAGUCCGAGCGUGCAGAGCUCGCCGAGCAAUUGAACUCAUCGCAGGAUGCUGUCGGCGACGCCACUGACAGCUCGUGGACUGCCGCAAUGCUCCAGCGACUGAAUGCUGUUGCUGGGGAGGCUGACGUGACUGAAGAAGAGAAUGUCAAGAACUUUGAAAAGUCCGAAACCGAAUUCAACACUGGCCACAUCCACCACGCAGCCUCGGCCAGCGACAUCAACCGCUUUAUUCGCCGUCCAGACUUUGCCCACGAAGAUUUCGACAUCAAGUCGCGCGAGUACUCUGUCUUCCGGUACCAGGAUUACUCGUGGGAGGAUCACGGCUUCUCGCUGGUUGAUCGAUUCUACGAAAGCUGUGCCCAGUUGCUGGAUCAGCAGUUUUCCAUCGCCAAAACCAUGACCUACGCCACAAUGGGUGGUCAGGGCGGCAUCGAUACCCAAAAGCUCCGUUAUGCGGUGUGGUACUACAUCACCCGUGUGAAUGGCAUUUUGCACGAUGAUUUCAACUACGGCACAGUGAACGAGCUCCUGGAACGAGAGGUCAAGCUGUACAUUAAGCGCCUUGCCUGCUCGCCCGCGGAAAUCACUCAAGCAGAGUAUGUGGCUGCCAGUCGAGGCUUGUUGCCCUCGGAAAAGAUCCACAUUGCUAUUCUGGCCACUGAAGCGAACAAGCAAGCUGGUCUCAUGUAUGCUCUUCAUGCGGUCAUGAAGUACAUGGCAUAG